AUGACAAGGGACAGUUCGGACCACGCUGGUGUUUCACCACAGCCUCCUCCUUCUCCUUUCAAUAGACCUGGCAUAUUUCAGACUUCUUUGGAAACGAGUCCAGUAAAUACUCAGCUGAGAGCUGGUCCGAGUGCUUUGGGACAAGGUGUGGGAGGAUUUCCUGCCUUCAGUUUCAAUACGCAUGCUCCCUCCACCCAUGGUUCUCUUGGAUCUCUCAAUCACAACUUGAUGCCGGAUGGAAACAGUGCGACUAAUGUCUCACAGAGGCAGGGCAGUGCUCGACAGCCACCUACCAUGGUUUCCGUAACGUCCUCAACAUUCCCUGUGAUUGUGUCUCCUCAAGCUUCGACUACGCUUACUUGGGUUGACGAACCCGAACCAAAACCGUCUGCGUCGUCAAACAAGCGACAACGUGGAUACAAAAGGCGCUUGUCAAAGAACGCCUGUAUCUGGUGUUACAAAAUCAAGAAAGGAUGCGAUUCAAGUGUACCAUGUGAACGCUGCAGAAAAGAUAACCGUCAUUGUGUUCGGGACGGGUUCUCCUCAUUGUGCAUGGCAUUGACAAUCAAACAAGGAGCUCACUAUCAGCUGGCUCCCGGCAACUUUGAAAUCGCCCAAGCAAAGCUAGAACAGUUAAAGGAAUAUUUGCAUCCGCUUUAUUCGCAGGUCGUAGUCCGUUGGUAUUUCCACUCUGACAGUCAACAAUAUCAUGAGAUUUCAGUCGCUACCAAUGAACUCUCAUUGCAUCAGGUUGACACUAUUCCGAGGGCACCUUUGGCCGACAUGGCAUUGGAAUGUACCCCAGCUUUUCUUUGGCCCUCCGAUCCCACCGACAACCUGCAGGAAAAUGCGCAUCGCAUGCUCGGCUUGAUUGCAGCGAUAAAACAGCUAUAUAAAUCUGAUUGUUAUACGGAAGCUGUGACUAUUCCGAGUGCCAGGGUAGUUGUAUUCUUUCUAAUGAUUGUCUAUACAAUGGAACUGUGCGGAGUGUCGCAUUGGUUGGCUAAAGGGAUCUAUGAGGCCCUUCCAAGGAAGCCAAAGGACUCUAUGCGGCAUGCAAUGCGCAUCUACCUUCAGGUCAUUGACGAGAUGAUCAAUCUGCAACCCCCAAACUCGUUGCUGUCGGACAUUCUCACGUCACUGCACCCUCGGCUACCUGUUUUGAGGGCCCUCUUGCGCCGGCUUCUUUAUGGAAGAGCCGACGCAACGUUUGACGUGGAUGACAGUUUCAGCUCGGAUCUACCCAAGUUUGAUAUCACGAUCGGGCUUCCGCUUGAAAUGGUCAGCUUCCCACAACGUAUAGGCCAGAACCAGUCACUUUAUCCUAUCAAUGUGUUGCUAUGCUCAGACUUCAAUGAGAGCUUUCCCACCACUUUCGAAACAAUCGAUCCUUCGUACUUGUCACCCGAAAUUGAUCAGACUACCACGAUCGCUGAUGCUGAAGCUUCAACUGCGCCGUAUACUAGCGAGUAUCCUACUUUAUUCAGCAGCGUAAUUGGAGCCUCUCAGGAUACCGACCCAACAUAUUCUUAUCCAGAUACGACGGGGUUCGCGUCUCAAUUGGGCUCCCUGUCCGGUUACGACUUUUUGGGGGAGUCGUCUGCUGAAGACUUUGCACAUAUUGGAGAACAUUUGCCUUUUUGAAUCCUCGGAUGUAUAUCAUUAAGCGAAGCGA